AUGCCCGCACUCGUCCCCUCGCUGCUCCUCCCAAUCCCAGCCCUGAUCCUACCCGCGCCACCUCGCUGCCACCCCCGCCGCCGCCGCUGCCUCCUGCCCGCCGCGUCGUCCACCUCCUCGUCCCCGCACUCUUCCAGGCAGCCAUACUACCGCCGCCGCCGCCACGACGCCCCGAGCCAGACACCGACGCCUGCGCCACGCCCGUCCUCCCAGCCGCAGCCGCCGCCGCGCGACGCAAAUGCCGCCGCGCCCCGCGGUCGGGGCCAGGAGGAGCUGGAGGCGGCGAUCUACGACUUCAUGUGCCGCUCCGCCAAGCCGGGAGCCUUCCCCACCCGCGAGGAGCUCGUCGCGGCGGGCCGCUCCGACCUCGCGGCCGCCGUCGCGUCCAGCGGGGGCUGGCUCUCCCUCGGCUGGUCGUCCUCCACCGCCGCGGAGGGCCCCGCCACCACGGCCGCGCCGCGCUCAUCGGGCGGGGGCCACCGUUCGUAUUACCGUGGUGACCUAGUGCCGGGCUCGGUGGAGGACUCCGAGUGGGAGGAGGAGGAGGAGGAGGACGACGACGACGACGACGAAGGAGGCGUCAUCAUCUGGGCGGGAGAAGGAAACAGAGGAGACCAGGUCAAGUUCAAAGCAGGAAUCGAGGGGAUGCUCACCAGGCUGCAGAAGGAUAGGGAGCGAGCGCGGCCACCUCCACGGAGUAGUACCCACGACACACGGGGCCAAAGUGACGAUGAUGCUGGCAACAGUGGCGCCCCUAGUCAUACAGCGGCUGGUGGCAGGCAUAUUCCAGGGGUACCUGAGAAUGGAAGUGUCCAUGGAUCUCAUUCUCAAAAUGGAACAAUAGAGGGCAACAGCACCUUACAGAGUCCAAGCAAUGAUGCAUGGAAAACAUGGACCCUUGGCAAGGGUGGUUUAUCUCAUUUUGAAGCUGCUGAGGUCCUACCUACUGAAAGAAGAAAAUUAUCCCAACAUGAUGACAUUGCAUCUGUGCAAAAUGACGUUCAAAUGUCAUCGAAUGGUGUGGCUGUAAGUGAUUAUCCUAGUGAUGGUGUUGGCACUGAAAGAGAUGAGAUACAUUCACGUCUUCAAACUCUGGAAUUGGACCUUUCUGCUGCUCUCAAGACAUUAAGAUCAAGAUUUGAUAAAGUUUUAUCAGAUAUGUCAAAUAGUGAUGGAACAACUGUGCUGGAUGACAUCUCUGAUGAUUGGGAAUUUGAGGAGACAAAGGUAAUGCAGGCUCAGGAGGAGCUAAGAUCAAUCCGGGCUAAAAUAACUGUGUUAGAAGGGAAGAUGGCACUUGAGAUAUUUGAAAGGAACAAAAUAAUUGAAGAUAAACAAAGGAGGCUUGAUGAAGUUGAGAAGGCACUGAGUGAGCUCCGUACUGUUUGUAUUAUGUGGGCCAACCCUGCUUCAGAUGUUUUAGUGGUUGGGUCCUUUGAUGGCUGGACGAGUCAAAGAAAGAUGGAAAGAUCAGAAAACGGCAUGUUUUCCUUAAAUCUGAGACUGUACCCUGGUAGAUAUGAGAUUAAGUUUAUCGUUGAUGGUGUUUGGAAGAAUGAUCCGCUGCGACCCACUGUGCACAAUAAUGGGCAUGAAAACAACCUUCUGAUUGUCACUUGA